UCUCGCAGAAGCCCUUGGAGUACUUGCCAAACACAUCCAAGCUUCACCCCGCCCCGACAUCGUCAUUCACCAUUUCGGAGGCUCAAGAAGGUCACCUAUGAGAGAACGGGCGCAUUUCGGUGGUGUACCCUCAACCCAGUGUCCAAAAGAGCUGCUGGGCAAACCUGGUCUAACCUGGUCUAAACCUUUUUGCCGAAAACGUUCGUGGCGACACCCCCCAGGGCCCAGUCCAACAGGGCAUUUGCCGUCUCCCCCCCUGUGGCAGCAGCACACCAGCUUCAUAAAAAGGGAGACACGCGCUCGUGCUCUGUUCGCGCCCCCGCAACAUCUCGCCUCAUUGCCUCCCACAUAAGCAGUUCUUACACACUGCGAGCUCAUAGCCGAAAAUGGCCGAUAAGCCGACGUACCCGCAACCAAAUCACUUUGCAAACCCCUUGGAUCGAGUACUUGCACCCGCGCCC